CUCCUGUGUGCGCCGGUCGCUUGAAGACUUUUAAAAACAUCAGCUUUCUUCAGAACCGCACUCGCACCACAGGUUCCAGCUCGGAAGGAACCAUAUUGCCUCAUUCGGAUCUGGUUUUCAGUAUCUCGUAACGAUGUCGGACAUCCAGACGUUACAAGACAUGAGUUUACCAAAAGAGAAAACGUACGGAUAAUGGUCAAUAGUCUGAGUAGAAUUGAUCAUACCUCUCUAUGUUUUCUACAUUAAAAGAACCAGCUCCCACGAGUCUUUAUCAUCCAUCAUCUCCAUCUGUAAUCACCUCGAUGUAAACAAACUUGAAUCAUCAAAAAGUGAAAGGAAAUGUUUUUAGCGAUCUGCAUUUAAUAUUUAAAUAUAACAGUUUUGCAACAAUGAUUCAAAUUACGGCAACGCUGGUUUGUGCACAAAGUGCCGUUUUCCUUUGUGGCGAGGUAGUAGUAGCGGAAUGCUUGACUACGUUUUCCAAUCCGUCGCAUCCGGAGCAUCGAAUAUCACAGAGAAAUAUAGCCUGAACAACCGUCCAUAUAUUCUCUCGAGAAACGUAGUGCAGGUAGAGUUGGAAGUUGGAACCGUAGACGGGAUUGAUGGCAGUGAACUUUACAGAUCAAAUAGUGCCACGGUAACCGCGCUGACAAUCGACAAAAACAUAAGCAGCGAACCGACAUCGCUGAAUGCCAAAAAUCAACUCAAGGGUGAGGUGCUUCAGUCCUCGGAACCGGAGAUCCAGGGAUUCAAGGAAUUCCAGACAGUUAUUUUUUGUGAGUCCCUGCCCACAAAUACCCCGCCCACUUACCGUGGAGUUAUGGUUAAGUACUGCUACAAAAUUACCGCCACCACCCAACGAGCUGUUUCCACAGUGCAGGCCCUGCAUGCCCCGUUACGAGUACUUCAAUUGCCACCAAUUAACUACAGUGACGAAACAAUCACCCUUAACGACUUAACUAACGAGGAGCUCGCCCCGAGAAAUUUUUUCUUGGGCAAAAAAAGCUCUAUCAAAAAUUGAGUAUGGUUUACAGUACAGAGCAUAACCGCCAGAAGAUGAUCGAACUUCUGAACGUGAUUUCAAACUAACUCGGCAAAGUGGGUAGGAACAUUACACUCCCGCUGUGGCACUGUAAAACGCGUGCACCUUUCGAUAAAUUUACUAUGUGAAGAACGAGAAAUACCAAACUCCACAUCUACAAACAAACACACAGGAGAAAGAUGUACCAAGCGGAGGUAGAAGUAGGAAAAAUCUUCACAAAAUAAUCGAUUGCACUGUGAUGAACAGAUCCGGAUAACCAGCAGUACAAAAACCAAUGGCGACAAUGCAAACUGAAUUGUUUGGACUGUUUUGGAAUCACGAUAUGUUGGUUAAAUAAUCUGAUAGGAACGCCUGGAAAGUUGUCGGUAUGCUGAAGGCUUGCCUCCCAUAGUGUGAAUAAAAGACGGAAAGGCACACCCUGCCAAAAACUCAUAAGUACAUCUUUCCGAUGCCACUUCUUAACAGGAAAUGCCGUCUAGAAGUCGUCCCAGUCAGAUGCCAUCAAGUCAUCAUCUCACCUGCUAUUCUCUUUCUUCGAACAUACCAACGAUGCGAGAAGAAAAUAUCAUAAUAUUUACUGAUGCAACAGAAGGGUCACAUUAUAAAGGAUUACAAUAAGUUAUUUAUCAAAUGACCGUUUUUGUUAUAACAUAAAUGUUAAAAAUUAAUUUGUGUUUUUCAUAAGAGCAAUUGCAAUUUUUCAUUUCA